CUUCGACAUAAAUGUUUGCUGUGGACGUAUUUUUGGUAUUUAGACGAAAAAAUAGUGUAUGCUGAAUAUCACGGAAGAAGAAAUGGAGAAGAAUAAGGAGAUAAACGGGACCCGCUCAGCUAAAGACAGACUGGGCAGAGUGGAUCCAUAUGGCUUUGAGCGCUCAGAAGACUUUGAUUAUGAGUCAUAUGAGGAGCUGAUGUCGGAGUACUUAGUUGUGCUUACCAGACGGUCCAUCAAGUGGUCCAAACUGCUGAAGGGCAAAAAAAAUGUGCACAAGAAUCUAAAGCUGAAGCGUUAUGUGCGUAAAGGAGUUCCCAAUGAGCACCGGUCCCUGAUCUGGAUGGCAGCCAGUGGGGCUGAAGAGCUGCUUGAGAAGAAUCCGGGCUACUACCAGUCUUUGCUCAGAAGCCAGCAUGAUGCCAAACUGGUGGAGACCAUCUGUACAGACUUGAACAGAACCUUUCCAGACAAUGUGUACUUCCGCAAGACGUCCAUCCCAUGUCUGCAGAAAGCUCUGCACAAUGUGCUGCUGGCUUAUGGUUGCCACAAUCCACCUGUGGGCUACUGCCAGGGGAUGAAUUUCAUAGCUGGAUAUUUACUUAUCGUCACGAAAGAUGAAGAAAAGUCUUUCUGGCUAAUGGAUGCACUACUUGGCAGAGUUCUACCAGACUACUAUAGUCCGGCCAUGUUGGGACUGAAGACAGACCAGGAGGUGUUAGGAGAACUGGUCAAAGUUAAAAUACCUGGCGUAUGGCAGACCAUGGCAGACCACAGCGUCACCUGGACCUUGGUGGUCUCCCGAUGGUUCAUCUGUCUCUUCAUAGACAUCUUGCCAGUAGAGACGGUUCUGCGGAUUUGGGAUUGUCUGUUCUACGAGGGUUCGAAGAUCUUGUUCCGUGUAGCUCUUACACUGAUCCACCACAACCAGGCUGUGAUCCUGCAGGCACGGUCGCUCCCAGACGUCUGUCAGACCUUCAAGCACAUCACUCACGGUCCAUUUGUUGACGACUGCCACACUUUUAUGGAGGAAAUCUUCACCGAGCCAGGAAGUCUCUCCAUGGCAACUGUAACUAAGCUCCGGGCAAGCUGUCGCUCUCGUGUUAUGGAAGAAGAGAUGUGAUGCACCUGCUGCUCACAUUCAAACACAUUCCACCUGCUGCACAUUUGCACCUUUGUUAAAUACUUUAUUCUCAUUGUUUGUGUCUAUUUUCAAACAAUCAGUGAAUAUAUGAGAACACUUACAAUAAUGUGCUGGAUGAACUGAUUAUUUUAUUUCUGUUGGUAGAAUGUAAGAUACAUAUGUUUUUGAGGUAAGAUUAUAUAUUAUGCAACUGGAAGCAGCCUUUAAAUCUUUUGGGUUAAUUCUGGGUGGUGGGUAAAAGUAUAGAGCUGUUACUAGAUGCCAUGGUGGUACGACACUCUAGUUAUAAAAAAUGUGAAUUAUGUGGAAUCGAUGUGAAAAUUUAAAUUCCUGAAAACAUUUCAGAACCUGUAGCUGGCAAGUUGUUUGAUGCUGUAGUUCGUGUUCUGUGAUGACUUAAGAAAAGCACAAAGUUUAGGGCUGCAAAUAGUAAUCAUGGGUUCAUAAUCUAUUAUUUUCUCAAUUGAUCAAUUAAUAGUUUGGUCCAUAAAAGUCAGAAAUUGGUGGGAAAUAUCUAUCAAUAUUUUUCAGAACCCAAGAUGAUGAUGCCUUCAGAUGUUUUGUCCACAACCCAGAUGUUUGGUUUACCACCAAAGAGGAGUAAAGAAACUUAUAAAAUAAACCAGAAAGUAUUAAAAUUUAAGAAAAUGAAAACAGAAUUUGGAUAUUUAAAAAAGAAGACUCAAAAAUGAUGGAUCAACUGUAGUUAUUUACAAGUAAACCUCGUUAACUCGCGCAAGUUGAGGUCCACAAAAUCGGACCGCGAGUUAAUGAGGUUGACAAAAACAAAAAACUUUAAAUCACCUUGCCUUGCCAUUUGAAGCAUGAUUCCUUUCUGGAUGGUGAUGAUUUCUUCAUCUGGAGUGGGUUCGGGGUCUUUCUCUUCGAGCUGCGUCGGCGAUGAGGGUGGACGAUUCUGAAUGAUUUUAAGUUUUUGGAUUUUACUCUUUAGACCCUUACUGCUGGUUCAGAUUUGGCCAGAAUUUAUACACUCUGCCUGUGUGUUUGAAUUCCAGCCAAUCUGAACCGGCAGUAACGAUCUAAAGAGGAAGGUUGCAUUCAAAAACUUAGAAUCAUCGAGAAUCAUCGCUGACGCAGCCCAAAUAGGAAGAAGAAAUCAUUGUCCAGAACUGUCCGCACUGACGAUUCCUCCCAAAAACAGUCAAAUCAAAAUGGACUUUCAUACAGUAAUCUAAAUUUUUGCGGUCCACAAAUUGACCACGAGUAAAGCCAAAACACGACUUACGCAAACGCAGGCUAACGAGGUUUACCUGUAUUUUCCCAAAAUAAUUGUCAAUGAAUUUAAUCAUUGCGACUCACGUAAGAACGGCUCUCUUCUCGAACAUCGUUUAAUUUAUGGUGCAACUGAAACUUUCGCUACACUGGGCAAAAUAUGUGUUAUUUAUGGCAACUGAGCAAUCAGACAAAUCAGGACAGUCAAAGGACUGUGUCAAAGAAACACUGAAUAAAUCUACAAUGAAGGGCUUUAUUGACUUUCACUGAGCUGCACAGCAGGAGGUAAAGAUAUUUUCUACAUAAAAAAUUAAAUGUUUAAUCACUACAAUUCAUAGUGAUUUUUAUAUACCGUAUUAGGAAGAAACUGGGGGGAAAAAAAAAAAAAUCUUAAUGCACAUAUGUGUUCACACACUGUGUAGUUGGACCAGCACACACAGCACACGUGGAACAAUCCACCAGGUUUUAUUGUCAAGACGCUCCUGUACAACCUAAGUACCUCGAUUCAUUGGCGAGACGCUUUGUUCCUGCUUUUCUCAUUUCACUGCAGAAGAAUUUGAUGGAAAUAGACAAACCUGAGUUUUUCCUGCUUAGGUAGAACUUAUUUAACGUUCACAAAGAAAACCAAUGCAACUGUUUUCUGAUGCAUGUGGGAGAAAAAUAAAGAUUAUUCCAACUGACACGAUGUUCAGUGUGUAACUUGUAUACUGUGUGUGGUUUAAACU